AGACUGUAGUACGACACUGAAAUACAACAAAGGAGAAACCGUAGUCUCUCUGUUAUUAUUGCGAAGAAAUUUACCCAAAAUGUAACGAACAGAGGCAAUUUUCUGUAUUACUGAGAAACUUGGAUACUAGGUAUUUAAUGAAUUUUCGCUGAUACUUCAACUCGGAAACUUCAAUCGUAUUUUGACAUAGUUUUGAGGUUACGUCGAGGUUAGGCACAGCCGACACAUGUAUAUAUUCAUAUGAUGGCGCACCGUUUCCUGCAAUUUCACCCGGCAUUCAAAAUAAACAAGAGCAAAAAUGUGACACAAAGUUUUAAACAUUUGCUUGUUCUCGAUUUCGAGGCAACGUGCACAAAAGAUGUGAAGUUAAGUCCUCAAGAGAUAAUAGAACUGCCAUGCUUGGCACUGUGCACUAGAACUUGGCAAGUCAAAGAUGUAUUUCACGAGUAUAUCAAGCCUCGGAUCCAUCCUGUACUGACUUCCCAUUGUACCAAUUUAACCGGUAUUAUACAAGAAAUGGUGGAUGAUCGUCAACACUUUCCUGAAAUAUUUUUAAAGUUUCAACAAUGGUUGGACAAAGGAAAUUUUUUGAAGGGUACCAGUAACGGUGCAUUUGUAACUUGUGGUAAUUGGGACUUGAAGGUAAUGCUACCUGAGCAAUGCGCAAUCACUGAAACGGUCAUCCCAGAUUAUUUUCAUAAAUGGAUCAAUUUGAAAACAUCAUUUUAUACUGCGACGGGACAUUAUCCGAAAAGUUUAGCGGAUAUGCUUAGACACCUUGAUUUACCGCACACAGGUCACCUACAUUCGGGAAUAGAUGACACCUACAACAUGACUAGAAUAAUUCAAAUGUUGGGAAUGGGUUGUAAAGUUGACUUCGAGAUUACAACUGAGCUAGGGAAUUGAGAUGAUAAGAUUAUAAACUGAAACUUGCUCGUUGAUGUACUAAACAUAUUUUGCAUUAACGAGAAAUGUAU